AAAAGAAUCGCGUCAAAGUUCAGGAAAUUCGAAUCGUGAAAGGGUGAGAUCAAGAAGAACCUUGUAAAAAUGAGACAAUUUCGUGUAGAAAAAUGGGCAUUCCACUUUCAGGGGGUCCAAAAAGAGCCCACGGAAGUUGAUCUUUAUCAGUCGGGCCGCCAGGGGUUGGUAAGAUAAUCUAUAGAAACGACGCAGUUGUUGAAAAAGGCUCUGAGUUGGGAGUUGGAACAGCCGUCUCCUCCAUUUUUCAAGGAGUUCUGCAGAAAUAAAUCUGUAUCUGCAAAAUCCUCGCAGUCGAAUCGCUCGAGUUUUCGAUCAGCAAAUCGAAUAAGAGGUAGAACAAAAUGGGAGUAGCUGCGAAAAUCGCACCGUCAAUGCUAUCCUCCGAUUUUGCCAAUUUAGCUUCGGAGGCCGAUCGAAUGCUUAAACUUGGCGCGGAUUGGCUUCACAUGGAUAUUAUGGAUGGGCAUUUUGUUCCAAAUCUGACAAUUGGUGCUCCAGUCAUCGAGAGUUUGAGAAAACACACGAAGGCAUAUCUAGAUUGCCACCUUAUGGUUACGAAUCCACUUGAUUACGUUGAACCCAUGGCAAAAGCUGGUGCAUCAGGUUUUACAUUUCAUGUUGAAGUAUCCAAAGACAAUUGGCAACAACUAAUCCAAGAAAUUAAGUCAAAGGGCAUGAAGUCUGGGGUGGCGCUAAAACCUAAAACACCCAUUGAAGAAGUUUAUCCUCUGGUAGAAAGUGACAAUCCUGUAGAAAUGGUCCUUGUUAUGACAGUUGAACCUGGCUUUGGUGGGCAGAAGUUCAUGCCAGAGACGAUGGAUAAGGUGCGGAAAUUAAGACAGAAGUACCCAUCUCUUGACAUUGAGGUGGAUGGCGGAUUGGGACCUUCAACCAUAGAUGCAGCAGCUUCUGCUGGGGCGAAUUGCAUUGUUGCAGGAAGUUCUGUGUUCGGAGCUCCCGAGCCUUCCAAAGUUAUCUCCAUUCUGAGGAAAAGUGUUGAGGAGGCCCAACAAAAUUGUUGAUCUUGUUACAAGCUUCGAGAAUCCUCCAUCAAAACUUGGUUUACACUUCUGAGACCCAUGACAUAUUUUUAGAUGAACAGAAGUUGAUUUGAUUUAGGUGGUUUCAGUAUAAUCUGAGCUACCGUAUGGUCCGUGAGCCCUCAAUAAAAUCUCUAAUAGAAGUAGAGGGUGAACAAGUUGAUUUAUAUUUUGUAAUUUUUUUUUUCUUUUAACAGAAAACUUCCAUGUAUAAUUGCUUUGCAAUAAGAUGAUGAACAAAUAAAUUACAGAGUUUGAAAAGAGAGACCUACUUUCAUAUUAAACAGUAGAUGUUAAUGACUCAA